AUGUUUCCAGGAUCAAGUUUGUUUGAUGAUGAAGUCACUUCAAAACGUAUUAAAUUAGAUUUAAAAGAGGAAAAAGAACAACAACAUGGUUCAAUCUCUAAUUUUCCAAUUCCGUAUGAAAUAAAUGAUUCAGCAGAAACCGAAGAAAAAUUAAUACCAAUUAAUUAUAAUUUUGCUAAACAUGGAAAAGAUUUUAUUUUUCCUUCACAUUCAGACCUCACACAUAAAUCUGCUUAUUCUCAACAAAAUAUCAAUAAUAAUGCUAAAGCUCCUGUUAAAAAAUUGGUUAUUAAACCACUUAAAGUAAAAUCAUCAUUACCUGCAGAUUAUGAGGAGAAAACGUGGGCAAAACUUGCAAGUGCGAUUCAAGCAAUUUAUAGUUCUAAAUCGGUGAAUGCUGGUCUUGAAGAGCUUUAUAAAGCAUGUGAAAAUCUUUGUUUACACAAAUUAUCUAAAUCUCUUUAUCAAAGAUUACGUAUUGAACUUGAAAAACAUAUUUUGUUAGAGGGUAAAAAAAUUCAAAAUAAUCAAAUCGGUGAGAUCAGUUUUCUCAGAUCAAUUGAUAAAAGUUGGAAAGAACAUUGUAAAUAUAUGGUAUUAAUUAGAAGUAUCUUUUUAUAUCUUGAUCGUACAUAUGUACUCCAAACUGGUGGGAUUUUAUCAAUAUGGGAUUUGGGUUUGGAAUUAUUUAGAAAACAUAUUAUGAUAGCAUCUAAUAUACGUAACAAGGCUCUAAAUGGAAUAUUAUCACUCAUCAAGCAAGAAAGGGAUGGAGAUGUAAUUGACCAUGCACUAAUUAAAUCAUUAAUUAGGAUGUUCAUUGAUCUUAACAUAUACCAUCACGGAUUUGAAAAUCCAUUUUUGGAAGAGACACGAAGCUAUUUUAUGAUUGAAGGCCAACGUCUGGUCAGCGAAUUUUCUAUACCACAAUACUUAACUCAUGUUUCAAACCGGUUAUCAAUUGAGAGUGCAAGAGCUGCUGAAUAUUUGGAUAAGAAAACAACGGAUCCUUUACUAAAAGUUAUUGACGAAGAAUUAAUAAUGAAACACGUUGAUACUAUAUUAGAUAAAGGAUUUAUUAAUAUGGUUGACACUGAUGAUAUUGAUUUUCAUAUUGAAGAAUUAAAAAUAUUGUAUGGUCUCUUUUUAAGAGUCAAUGCUCUCGAUAAAAUACGAUCGCAUUUUGGUUCUUAUAUAAAGGAAAUUGGUAAACAAAUAGUUAAUGAUACUAAUAAUGAAUUAGAUAUGGUACCAGAAUUGUUAAAAUUAAAAGCAAGAAUGGACUCGAUUGUUAAUGGUCCAUUCCAAAAUAAUUCUAACUUUGUUCAUACUGUGAAAGAAACUAAAUAUGUGGAUCAGAAAUUACGUCAAGGAAAUAAGAGUAUGAAUGAUAAAGAAAUGGAACAUAUGUUAAACGAAGUGUUGAUUUUGUUUCGUUAUAUUCAAGGUAAAGAUAUAUUCGAAGCAUUUUAUAAACGCGAUCUUGCCAAAAGGCUUUUACUAAACAAAAGUGCGUCAUUUGAUUAUGAAAAAAGCAUGCUAACUAAACUAAGGAAAGCAUUUGAAGAAAUGAAAAAAUAUAAAAUUGAUUUUUCUGUUAAUAUCCUAACACAAGGGUUUUGGCCUACUUAUGCCCCUAAUCCAUGUAAUUUGCCACCAUAUAUGACAAAAUGUCAAGAAAAUUUUAAGGAUUUUUACUUGAGUAAACAUAGCGGUAGAAAUUUAAAAUGGCAAAAUUCAUUAGGACAUUGUAUAAUAUCUGCAAAUUUUCCAAUAUCAAAUAAAGAAUUAGUGGUAAGUUUAUACCAAGCAGUGAUAUUAUUAAUUUAUAAUAAUUAUGAAGAUGUAUCACAACGAGUAACCUAUGAAGAAAUAAAAGCAAUUACAGGAUUGGGUUAG